UUUACUCAUUCCUCAACUCUUAUUGUGCACCAGAGAAUUCAUACAGGAGAAAAAUUUUACAAAUGUAAUACCUGUAGCAAAUCUUUUACUCAUUCUUCAACUCUUAUUGUGCACCAGAGAAUUCAUACAGGAGAAAAAGUUUACAAAUGUAGUACAUGUAGGAAAUCCUUUACUCAUUCCUCAAGUCUCAUUGUGCAUCGCAGAAUUCAUACUGGAGAGAAACCCUACAAAAGCAAAGAAUGUGAUAAAGCCUUUAAAAGUAGUUCACAGCUUACUCAGCACCAGAGAACUCAUACUGGAGAAAAACUUUACACAUGUAAAAUAUGUAGCAAAUCCUUUAAUCAUUCUUCACAUCUUAUCGUGCAUCAGAGUAUUCAUUCUGGAGAAAAACCAUACAAAUGUAAAAAGUGUGGUUUGUCUUUUGUCUGCUCAUCAACACUUAGACGACAUGACAAGAUUCAUACUGGGGAGAAACCAUAUAAAUGUGAUGAAUGUGGGAAAGCCUUCAAUCAAUGCUCAUGCCUUACUAUACAUAAGAGAAUUCACACUGGAGAGAAACCCUACACGUGUAAAGAAUGUGGCAAAGCCUUUAAAACUAGAUCAGAACUUACUCAGCAUCAGAGAAUUCAUACUGGAGAAAAACUUUACAAAUGUAAAACAUGUAGUAAAUCUUUCACUCGUUCUUCAUAUCUUAUUUUACAUCAGACAGUUCAUACUGGAGAGAGACCCCACAAAUGUAAAGAAUGUGACAAAUCCUUUAACUACAGUUCACUUCUUACUCAACACCAGAAAAGUCACUCGGGAGAAAAAGUUUACCAGUGUAAUACAUGUGGCAAAUCUUUUACUUAUUCCUCAAGUCUUGCUGUGCAUCAAAGAAUUCAUACUGGAGAGAAACUAUGUAAUGCAUGUAGCAAAUCUUUUAGUUAUUCUUCAAGUCUUAUUGUUCAUCAGCGAAUUCAUACUGGUGAGAAACCUUACAAAUGUGAAGAAUGUGGUAAAACCUUUAAUCAGUGCUCAAAUCUUACUAAACAUAAGACAAUGCAUACUGGAGAGAAACACUACAGAUAUAAUGAAUGUGGCAAAGCCUUUACCUCUAGUUCACAUCUCAUUAAGCAUCAGAGAAUUCAUACUUAA